AUGGAGGAGUACUUCGAAAAGCGGAGAGCUGGUAAGAUUUCCAAGGAGGACAAGUUCAUGGUUCUGUGCACCCAGCCAAGGCGCAUUGCUUGCAUCUCCCUGGCGAAUCGGGUGGCAUCCUGCAUCAAGGAGACAGUGGGGGAUUCUAUUGGCUACAAGAUCAGCGGUGACAGCAAAGUGCGCCCGGGGAGGACCAAGUUGGUUUACGUGACGACGGGAUACCUUCUCCAGGUCUUGGUCAACAAUCCAGAGCAGAUCAGCUCGUACAGCCACUUGAUCUUGGAUGAGGUCCAUGAACGGGACGUAGACUCGGACCUCCUCUCCUUGGUGGUCAAGCUGCAGAUGUCGGGCUACAACUUCAAGCUCGUCAUCAUGUCUGCGACAUUGCAGGGGGACCUCUUCACCAGAUAUUUUUCUGAGAAGAAGAUCAAGACGAUCUUCGUUGGUGUGAAGAGGUAUCCGGUUGAAGUUGUCCACAUCGAGCAGCUCUUGGACAGAUUCGGAGGAAGGUCGGGCGACUUCAUGAUGAAGUCUGAAGGAACGCGAGGCUACCAGGCGCCGUUUGCCGGCAAUGCCUAUCGGGCAAUCAAAGAUGCCGAGCGUGCCUUCGGCACGGGCGGCAGAGAGGCGGAAGGUUGGGAGGAGGAAAAUGUGAAAGUAAAGGGGGAGUUCGACUCCGACUCAGAUGACGAGUCGGGUGACUCCGACUUCUCCGCCGAGGAGACGGCUGCAGUGGCCAAGGCGAUGGCAGCUCCGAAGCGGCGGCGCAAAGAGGUGUCACCGAACAUCAUUCGAGGUCUGGACACCUUGGUUUAUGAGCUGGUCCUGCGUGUUGCGCAACCUGGAGAAGGAAUUCUGGUAUUCCUGCCCGGCAUCGGCGAGAUCAGUGAGCUGCAAGAGGUGCUAAUGCCCUUGGAGGACGUCGAUCAGCAGGCGCACAUGAACUGGUCGCCCGGCCUCGAGCGCAACGACCUCCACUUCAAGGUCUUCGUGCUGCAUUCCUUGAUUCCGAAGGACGAGCAGGAAGGCGCCGUCUUUGACCCACCGCCGCCAGACACGGCUCACAUCAUCCUGGCUUCCAACAUCGCAGAGUCUUCUCUGACGAUCCCCAAGGUUCGCAUCGUCAUUGACUUCGGCCUCAGACGCCAGCUGAUCUACGACAAGCGCCGACAUAUGUCUUGUUUGGUGACUACGUGGGUGUCACAAGCCUCAGCCAAGCAGCGGUGUGGCCGGACUGGCCGUGUCUUUGAGGGGGUGAACAUCAGGCUUUACACCAAGCAGUUCUUCGAAAGCUACAUGGAUGAGUUCGAUCCUCCAGAAAUGCAAACAGCUCCGCUUGAGAAGCUCUACGUGAAUGUGAAGCACUUGAGUGCCAAGCUUCCUGCGUACCAGGUAACACCCACUGAGUUCCGCAAGCGCACUCCAAAGGAGCUCCUGAUGCUCGUUGCCCAGCCACCAGAGGAAAGCGCCAUUGCAAGCUCCAUCGAGAACCUGGACCAGCUCGGAGCGCUGACAAGUGACUCGGAGUCCGCAGAGCUGACGGUCCUCGGGUACUUGAUGAUGGCGGUUCCACUAGACGUUCAGCUCUGCCGCCUGGUCAUUUUCGGCGCCCUGCUUGGCAUGCCGUGCGAGGGAGUCGUGUGCGCAGCAGCGACCAGCGUUCAGGAUCCAUUCACAUUGCCCUCGCACCUCAUCAUGAAGGAUCCCAAAGAAUAUGCUGAGGCAGUGCGCCGAAGCUACGAGUCCAGGAAGUAUUUCGACCAUGGCCACUGGUCGGAGCCGCUGAUGCUGCGCAACUUGUUUGUGCACUUCCUGUUGGAGUUCCGGAAGAUGCAGAUCGACAAGUGCAACCGUCGUGGGCGCGUGGGCCGCGAGUCCACACGUAGCGCCUUCACGCGCUGUGCACAACUCAUGGCAUCGAAGUUUGCCGUCGUGCCCAAGCGCCUGGUCAACUUGGCUAAUGCAAUUCUCGACACGGCCACGCGCAUGCGAAAGUUCCUUCCCGAGGGCUCCGCUCUCCUCAAGCAGCUCGAGAGUCUCCUGAGCCUGCUGCAGGCAGGCGAGAGGGUCUACAGCUCUGUGGAGGCUGCGGAGGAGGCACUGCCAAAGGUGACAGACCUCUUCUGCAGCGAUGCGUGGAAGUUGAAGGCGCUGCUGGUCAUGGCCUUUACGCCACAGUUCAUGCGAGGUGGCACGAAGGUUCGCGCUCCAGACCAGCAGGUGACUGUGUACACUAAAAAGAAGAAGCAGACAGCCACGAAGGAGAAGAACAAGAUGGAGAUACUCCUCCAGGAGAUCGUUGAUCUCGGCUUGGACCCAACCAGGACUGUAGCAUGCGUUCUCGAACUUCCGCGCGGAAAGGGUGGCGUUCGGAUGAGUCCGCGCUUUACCGACGAUUUGCACCUCACUGUGCAGAUGAUCACUGGUGAGGGCUUCCAAUUGGUCAUGGCAAAGGACAACCGGGUCCUCAUCUCCUUCGAGGAUGCGAAGAAGCAGGAAGACGAGGAGGCCGACGGAGCCGAGUCCUCCCUGCGGCCGAGGCCCAAGCCUGACCCGUUCGCCAGCAUCAAGACCGAGCCCUGCUGCACGCUCAGCGAGGAGGUUGGAUUGGUGUCCGGCAUCUCAACGGGCGCUCACUACAUAGACCUCUUCGGAGCAGGGCGCUGGAAGUUCCCGGUGAACUUGCUUAGCAGCCUCAAGAAGGAGCAGGAGGAGCGUGCCCGGCGUAAGGCGGCAGAGGCCGAGGCAAAGCGCAAGGCCGCGGCGGAGGCCGAGGCAAAACGCAAGGCCGAGGAGAAGGCAGCAAAGAAGGCAAAGAAGGCAGCAUUGCAAGAAGCCGCCAAUGCAAGUCCCAAGUCCCGCAAGGACGAGGACUCUAACAAAGUGGAAGACCCAGAAGUGAAGGCCGAAGCCGCCGAAGCCCAGCCGCCCAGCCUCCGUAGCGAAGCAAUGGCGGACUAUGUGGAGCAGGCGCUCCAGGACAUGGUCCCAGAGCUGGACGACCUCCGGCGGCGGAAGGUUUUCUCUGAGGAUGAGCUGAGGCACAUCGUGCGCCGUCGUCGAGAGUUCGAGUACACUCUGCAGCGGAACCCUGGCAAGCCACAGGACUACUUAAACUAUGUGCGGUACGAGAUUGCUCUGGAGGCCUUGAGGCGCCGCCGAACCAGUGCCCUCCGCUGGAGAAAAUACUCGAUCAGUACAGUCGCAGGGCUAAGGCGGAUCCACAAUAUCCUCCAUCGGGGAUCGCACAGGUUCAAGGGAGACUUACAGCUCUGGUAUCAACACGUGGACUUCUGUUUGAGAAGUGGCAGUACGGCGAUGUUGACACGGGUGCUGAUGCGGGCAGUCAAGUAUCAUCCGAAAGAGGUUCAUCUCUGGCUGCUUGCUGCAGAUCGAGAACUCCAGCAAGGGCAUGUUGAAGCUGCGCGGAAGCUCCUGCUACGGGGCCUGCGGUGCGUUCCCACAUCGGUCAAGCUUCUCGUCGAAUUCUUGCGAUUGGAGGUGGGUGUUGCGGGUCAGUUGCUUGCAGCUGAGCUGCUGAAGCAGGAAGAAGACACCGAGGCAAAGACAGAGGCCGGCACAAAGGAUGUUUGGGCGCCCUCUCGCCUGCUCUUCCGAAAAGCCGUAGCCAAGCUUGAAGGUAACUUGGCAAACAUGGCAAGCUACCUGGCAGCGAGCGCGCAGCUGCUGCAUCAAGCGCAAGAGAAGUGGAGCACCUCGAGUGGGCUAUCCGAGUGGGCUGAGUCCUUGCGAGCAGCAGCUGCCACGAGUCGCCCAGGCGUUGGUCAUAGCUCGAGAGGCCAGGAAGAGGUGGAUGCUCCGGCCACGACCAUUUGGGAGGUUUGGUGGACGGAGGAGCUUCGGGCUGGAGGAAAAAGCUGGUCGGACCUUGCACCUGUGAUAGCUGAAUGCAGCAUUGGCGCGGUCAUCGCAAAGGCUGUGGAGGCGAUGUGGCAGCAGUACCAGAAGGUGGCAUCCGGGAAGGAGCUACAUGCUCCUCUUCUGGCGAUGGCCAAGUCGCCUGCUGCCGUUUCAGAUGUCGAUGCUGUGUUGAAAGUCUUGGAGACCUUUUCGGCGGCGGUGCCCUCCUUGAGCGAUGAAGCAGUCAAGGCAGCUGUCGAAGAACUGCGGCAACGGUCAGCCUUGAAGUAUCCCGGCAACCUACGGCUCGGCCUGAUUGCAUCCAGCGGGGCUUUCGCAGCGCCGGAGGCUCGAUCCGAGGAAGCUGCGAUGGCCUGUGCUUCACUGCUGAAAGUGGCGUGCGGCGCAUCGGCUCAGGAUUCUGCUUGCUUGCUGCAGGCUGCUGGAGCUGCUGUGACGGAGCAGCUAGUCAGAACUCUGGGGCCCGACGACAGUCCGGCACAACUCGUAGCCGCUUCCCUCGCCACAGCCAUGGCCCGUGGUGGCGAAAAUGAGUUUCGCGACGCCUGCCACGAGGUACGCAAAGUGGCUGGUGGGCUUUGGGAUGUUCCUCGCCAAAGAACGGCCCUUCUAGCUGCAGUCCUUGAUGCGGAGUUGCGGAUAAUGAGCGACAAGGAGGCGAAGCGCUUGAACACCUCGUUCCAAGAGCUCUUGUCCUCCUUGGACGUCUCUGUGCCAGAGACCUUGGAAUGGUGGCACCGUGCUCAGCCUUACCCUCCAAGCUACGCUACCUCCGUUUUGCCCAACGUGCAGGGGCUUUGGGAUGCUCUGGAGCUGGGGACCAAGGCGCCUGAUGCUGAAGCCAGUGGAAGCCCGAAGGAGACGCAGGAAGGGGCCGAAGCGGCCCCAAAGGCUCCGAGCGAGGUCGAGGUCGUGGCGACCGAGACGGAGCCGCCGGCGGAGCCAGAGAAGUCGCAAGCCGACCUGGCGGGCACAGGGCCGGGCGAGUGCCCAGCGCCCGACGCAUCACCAGCCGAGGCGAGCCCCGAGGCGAGCCAGGAGGCGAGCCCUGAGGCGAGCCCCGAGGCGAGCGCAGACGCGGACACGACCGACGGUGCCAAAGCCGAAGCCGAAGCCGCCGAAGCCGAGAAGAGCCCUUCAGUUCAACCUGGACACGAGUCGAAGGAUGGAACGCUCCUGGCCGAGCACGAACACGAGCAUGAAGAGACGGAUGGCGAGGAGCAUGAGUUCGGAGAGACCGCCCAUCUCGUGGAGUUGGAGGCUGAAGAGGACCCUGAGUUCGAGCAGGAGGAUGUCAAUGAAGAAGAUGCAGAGGAGGAAGAGGAAGAAGUGUACAAGGAGGAGGAGCUGGGCCCGCCGAUCAACAUCUACAAGCCCGUGACACCUUACGAGGUCAACUGGGAAAUCACGGAAGUUCCGGCCGAAGGAUCUGGAGGUGGAACCCAAGGGUCGAGGAAGGUCGGAAAAGUCGUGAAGCCGAAGGUAAGCAAAGGACGUUGCCAAUGGCGCAAUCCUGUUGGGUUCAUGUGCUCGACGGAUACCUCGGAGGCUGCCGAGCAUGAGCCGUGGCCGAAUGACAUGUAUGCUGUCUACACGUCGACCCAGGGAGGAGACAGCAAGGACAUGUCGUGGGUCGAGGGCGUCACGCUGCUGAGCUCCGAGGGGCACAACAUCAUGGCCUUUAUCUUGCUCAUGGCCUUUCUCCGAGAUCACCAGGAGCUCUACGUAGAUGUGGACCUCAUGGACGGUCGCAUCUACUCUAUGAAGGGUCCCGGUGGGCUGGAGCUGACGCCUGCGGAGGAUCAAGUUCUUCUGUGCGAGGAUAUAGAGGUCAUCAAUGAUGUGCGGAAGGCUUUGUCAGAGGCUUUCUACAGCAAAGCUUCGCCAAAGAUUACCACCGUGGAACAGGAGGAUGGGAUCGACUUCUCCGGGACACGAGGCAGACGGGACGAUGAGCCCGUACCGCAGGUGGCUGCAGAGCCUCGAGUUUCAGAAGCUUUGGACCGUCUUUUCGCAGUGCUGCGCGAGUGCUCCACACGCAUGGAGAGCAUCGACGAGGAGACAUGGAACCAGCGCAUCCGCCUGUCCAAGCCGACUCGGCAGAUGAUUCCUUUGCACCAACAGAGUAGCAGGAAGGCUGGCUCAGGCUCGUCGGACGCGCUCUUCACCCUCUUCGAGCCUUUGACAGAUCUAGCCCAGGCCCGGGCUGCUGCGGAGCGCCAGGAGCAGGAGGAGGCCGAGCGUCGGCGGAAGGCCGAGGAAGAGAAGCGGAGGAGAAAAGAGAUGGAGCGGCAGGCCAAAGAAGAGGCGAGAAGACAGAAACAGCAGGAGCAGCAAAGAGCCAGAGAAGAGGCGAAGCGAGCCAAGGGUAAAGGCAAGGGCAAGGAUGAAGCCAAGGGAAAGGGCAAGAAAGACAGGAAGCAGCAGAACUCCUACGGCCAGCAGUAUCAGCAAUACCAGCCGCAACAGCAGCCGCAGCAGCCGCAGCAGCAGCAGCAGCAGAAUUCCAAGAAAGGCCGCAGAGAGAGAGGCAGUGCCCAGUCGAGCGCCGCAUCGAGCAGUGAUGCACAGGCGCUGCAGCAGGUCUACACAAUGCCGGACUUGCCAGCAGAUUGGGUUGCGGUACCCGACCAGCAAACUGGAAGGCCGUACUUCUGGAACCCGACUACAAAUGAGGUGACCUGGACCAAACCAGGGCAACCCAUGAUGAUGCCACCUAUGCCCGCGAUGUUCCAGCCCCCAAUGUUUUUUCAGCAGCAGUAG